UACUCAAGUUAAUUUUUAAUCACUGAAAUGUACUUUUACUUCACUACAUUCAGUGGCAUUCCUCUGUUACUGUUAAAUGUUAAUGAACAUAUGUAGUUUUAAUAAUUAGUUUAUAUCACAUAUACUGAGGUCGCUGCAGUGGUCAACAAUCACUCACUUUUUUAGUGGCUCAGUCCUGGAAAGGGGGAAGAAGCUAGCGUGGAUUAGCAUUCUGCACACACACAUGCGCACGCACGUACGCACACACAUGUCCGUGCACACACGUGCGCACACACGCACACACAAACAUACUAACACCCACGAAUACUCACUCUCUCUACACACACUUUCUCUUCUGUUCUGUUCAUUGUCUGUUCUUUUGUUCUUUAUUGUCUUGUUUAAAUGCAGAUGCUGACUAGUUUGUGUUGUUAACAACAGUCAACCAUUGGGAAAAUGUUUGUUUUUUGGUGUGUGUGUGUGUGUGAGAGAGAAAGAGAGAGAGAGAGAGAGAGAGAGCUUUUGUGUUGAAAAUGACAGGUUCUGUGCUACUGUACCCAUCCCAGGACUGGAACAUGCUGCUUCAUCUUGAACCCAGUUUCAUUCUUUCACUUGACUAGGCAAUAAUUGACCCUAAGCAGUUACUAUGGAAAUAGUCAAACUUUGCCUGAGUGAUAUCAGCUGAAUCCAGGCUCCCUAUGUACAGACCUGUUGUGCUUCAAGACGGUACUCAUAGGUAUACGAAAGGAAUUAUUUUUUUUCAGCAUUAUCUGGACAUUAACACAGUAGGCAAGGUUCUCGUAAAGGUAAAUGAAGAAGAAGAAUCACUUACAAUGGAAAAUGACGAUAAAGCAGUGGAAGGGUCUGGUGUAGCCCCAAAGAGAGUCUCUGAGUCUGGAGCUCAAGAAUUCAAGAGGAUGGAAACAGUAAUGUCUGUUACAAAUGAAAUGAGGAGUCCAGAUGGUCCAGCCUCAAACCCAUCAUAUGAUUUGGAGGAAGUAAAACCACCACUUAUCAAUACCCAUCCAGGUGUCAGUGGACAUAGAAAAAUAGGGGCUUCAAAGAUUAAAUCCACUCAAACAGGCAUCUCCUCCCCCACAGCUAUAACUGCAGUGGCUCGAAAAUACUCUGUGGUACUAUCUAAUGAAGCAAGGAAGGAGAUGGUUAAACAGGCUAGAGAUUUGAAGGAUGAGCGCAGAGCCAUGCUAGACAACAGACACAAGUAUCUCAUUGUAAAGAUUGCGGAUAGGAUCAGCCUGGGAGUGACGGAAGUAGAAGAGGCCCUUAUUUCUGAUGAUAAGUUCAGCAUGAUUGAGGAUUUCUUUUCAGCCUAUGGAUCCAGAAAAUUGCUUUUCUACUAUCAAGAAGUGCAGUUGACUUGCAUUCAUUCCCAUGGAAACUUAUCCUCCUGUAUGGACUCUCAGAGUGCAGUGUCUGGGCAGAAAAGAUUGUUCAUUACAAGUGGCAAUGCAGAGAGACUGAGUGGCUUUUGUUUGUUUUUUCUCCGGAACACCGACAAGGCCAUAACAACUACUAAUGUAUCACAGGAGGUGAAUUUUGGAAUGCUGGAUUGCACCAAUGGAAACUUUUUACACAGUCUAGAGAGGUUUUUUACUCAAGUCACAUAUCCUGCACUCAGGUCACAAGAGGACUGGGGAGUCAUGAAAGAGGGUCAGAGGGACUCUCAUGUUCAGGAAUUCCUGCUCUCCAUUGACAAAUUCGUCUGCAGUCUAUCCUCAGCCAGCAAAAACUUGGACGACAGGUUUCAGCUUGACAACAUGACAUCUGUUUCAGAACUCGGGCACCUUCAGGAACCAGCAGAUUACAUCAAUGCAGCAAGUAACUCUGAGCUGGUAGAAAGUCUGGAGGUGGUGCUGUUGCACUGGACCAAACAGAUAGAGCAGGUGCUCACUGAGAGUGAACAGAUGAGGAAAGAGGCAGAUAACAUCGGGCCUUCGGUGGAACUGGAGCACUGGAAAAAACGAAUGAGCACCUUUAACAGUAUUUUGGAUGAAAUAAAACGACCCCAAGUGAAGAAAGUUAUUGGAGUUCUGCAGGUGGCAAAGUCGAAGACCCUGAGUAAAUGGAAAGAAAUGGAUGAAAAUGUCACAUUUGUAGCUAAUGAAGCCAAAGAUACUGUGAAAUAUCUAUACACAUUAGAAAAAUUCUUCAAGACACUUGGAAAAUGCACCCCGAAGAAUAUGUUGGUGCAUAUUCCUAGUUUACUGAACAGCAUUCUUCUGAUCCAAAAUGUGUCCCAUUCCUACAAUACUUCUGAGCAUAUGACCUCCAUCUUUGUGAAGGUUACUAAUCAAAUGGUCAACACUUGCAAGGGAUACCUCUGCCAGGGAGUGACCAAAAUCUGGGACUUAGACAGGAAGGAAAUGCUUAAGAGAAUCAGCGAAUGUUUGCAGCUGAACCAGCAGUACCGGCAGUGCUUCCAAAAAAUAUGGGAAGAACUCCAGCAAAACCCCUCUGAACGAAAGUUUGAAUUUAGUGAGAAUUAUGUCUUUGGAAAGUUUGAUACAUUCUGUAAACACCUGCAGAAUAUUGCAGACUUGGCUACAACUCUAGAAACUCUGUCAGCUUUGCAGUUAAUAAAGGUGGAAGGCAUUGAGAAAAUACAUGUACGCUUCCAAACUAUUGUAGCCAACAUCCAAAAGUCCAAAACAUACAAUAUGCUGGAUCACCGAAAAGUUGAGUUUGAUAGUGACUACACAGAGGUCAAAAGCCAAAUACAGUGCUUGUAUCAAUGUCUUCAUACACUGAUGGAUACCUUCUUUGAACAGUCACACCCUACAGAACAAGUGCUUCAUUUGUUGUUAAAAUUUGAGAAUAUUGUGGGUAAGCAGAUGGACCUCAGUCAGAAGUAUGCAGUUGUUUUGCAGCAUUUUGCCAGUGACUUGGACCAAGUGCGAAAGGUCUACAAAAAACACAAAGACAACCCUCCCAUAUUGCGAAAUAUGCCACCUGUAGCUGGGAGAAUAUUAUGGUCACGUCAUCUUUUCCGAAGACUUGAGUUGCCAAUGGAAAUGCUGAAAAAGAAAAUGGAUAUUUUAUGGACCUCUGAGGGUAAGAAGAUUAUACAUAUCUAUAACAAACUGGCAGCAGUUCUAUUGGAGUAUGAGUUGCUGUAUCAAAGAGCCUGGGUCAGUGCAGUGGAAUGUGGACAACAAGGCCUCAACGCCUCACUUCUCAUCAGGCACCCACAAACUAAGGAGAUCUGUGUGAACUUGGACCCUGUGGUCCUUGAGGUACUAGAAGAAGCAAAAUACAUGCACAAGUUAGGGGUUCAUGUACCGAAGGUAAUCCUCAGUAUGUAUGUUAACAAAGCUGAGGUGAAAAAUAAUCACAACAAACUAGUGGAGAUGUUGCAGUACUUUGGUGCAGUAGUAAGCAGAAUCCCUCCACUGCUGCAGCCUCUAAUAAAGCCUUUUAUUAAUCAUGUAGAGAUGGCACUUUCUCCUGGACUCACCACUCUCUCCUGGACCUCUCUCAACAUUAAAAAAUUCAUAGACCAUGUGUAUGAAGUUCUGAGUGACCUGGAGCAGGUAGUAAAGGUGACCACAGACAUACUGGAGUGUCGAAUUGAGCAGCUUUUGGAGUCUAUGUCUUGCACUGACCUUCUUGCUCUUCCUGAGGACAAGCCAGUUGUCCCACAGAGCUUUCUCAUCCAGACUGAAAGCACAGUGAGAUCAGCGAGACACAAGUUGACUCUUCAAAGUCAACAGGUCGAGCAUUCAAUGUAUGAGAUCAUUGAGGAAAUAAAAAGAGUUAUGAAGCCUGUAGAGAUGGUGAAUGUGGAGGAGCCAUUUCAGUGCCUUCACCCUGAUGUUAAACUAAAGACUCGUUGCCUGCUUUGCAUACCCUGUACAUUCUACCUGAUGAUGGGACAGUUGUGUCAAAGGAACACUGAGGCAUUGGUUAAAGCUACCAAACUCUCCCUGGACUCUCUGAGGUGUCGACUUUAUGAAAGCCCUAAGUAUCAUUCAUCUACUUUCUCAUCAAGUUCUCCGGCCUACUCACCACUUUUUAGAGCCUCCAUUGAGCUGGCCAUCCCAAAUAUCAUCCUCAGACCCAGUUUAGAGGAAAUGCAGAGUGUUCUGACCAAAGUUGUGUCUACAGUCCUGUCCAUGGCAAAGGAUAUUCCCCUCUGGAGAUUUUCACAUUUACAUCACAAGCAGCAACAGAUGGAGCUGCUAGCAACACGAGAGCUGGCAGAUGAUGGCCCAGCCACCAAACAACUAAGUCUGAAACCACUUGACAGACAGAUUGCUGAGCAUAAGGAUAUUACUAAAACAGUUGUCCAGCUAAGCUCCCUAGUGUUCUCUCUUAAAGUGGAUCCUGAAGCCAUUCUGGAUGACUUAUCCCAUUUCUCCACUUUGUGGAACCAGGAUCCAACUGAGCAAGUAAAAUCAUUUUUGGGAACCAAUCCAUCCCUUCCUGAGUUCAGUGGGCAACUUUCAUAUUAUUCUACACUUGAAGCCAAGAUAGAGGAUCUUCCUACCUUUUGCACUUUUGGCUUUAUCCUUUAUGACAUCCAUUCCCUCAAGCUUUCCCUGACCCAGGAAUGUCAAGCAUGGAAGCGAACAUUUGGGAUUGCUUUAAAUCAGCUUGCCUCUACAGACAUGAGUGAGCUAAGUUCUUUUGUUGAUGGGAUGACUAAACAGCUUCAGAGACCUAUCUCUGACCUAGAGGAUGUGAGGGAAGCCAUGACUGCUUUAAGAAAAGUAUGUGAAGCAGAGAUGUGGAUUGAGGCCACUAUUGGGCCAGUCGAGGAGACCUUUGCCCUGCUAAAUAGACAUGAACUACAGUUCAGUGAUGGAAAUGCUGAGAGAAUUGACACUUUAAUUUAUGGUUGGAAAAACCUCAAAGAAUUGGUCAUGCAAACCCAUAACACUCUUGAGCUGAUUCACCCCACCAUGAAGGCAGAGCUUCUUACUGGUGUCAAAACCUUUCAGGCUGCAGUUAAAACUUUCUACAAUGACUAUGACAAAAGUGGUCCAGGUGUGGUGGGACUGAACCCCUGUGAGGCCAGUGAUAGGCUGCAGAUUUAUCAGGUGCAGUUUGAUGAGCUCUGGAGGAAAUAUAUCACGUUUUCUAGUGGUGAACAGCUCUUUGGCCUUACAGUUAAUGAGUAUCCUGAUCUUCACAGAAUCAAAAAGGAACUCAAUCUUCUGUCCAAGCUAUACAAUUUGUAUAACUCUGUCACUGAAAGUGUAAAUGGCUACAGUGAGAUACUAUGGGCUGACCUCAACAUAGAAAAGAUCAACAGUGAAAUCCAGGACUUUCAGAACAGAAUCCGGAUACUUCCCAAAGCAUUGAAGGAUUGGCAAGCAUUUAAUGACUUGAAGAAAAAGAUUGAUGACUUCAGUGAAACCUGUCCAUUGCUUCAGAUGAUGGCAAAUAAAGCAAUGAUGCCUCGCCACUGGCAACGCUUGAGUGACAUUACAGGGUACAGUUUUCAAAUGGAGUUUGAGAAUUGUAUUUUGAAGAAAGUCUUAGAGGCUCCACUAUUGAAAAACAAAGAAGAUAUUGAGGAUGUGUGUAUCAGUGCUGUGAAGGAACGGGACAUUGAGGCAAAGCUAAAAGAAGUGGUGGCAGAGUGGAGUACACAUCAGUUCACUUUUGCACCAUUUAGGAACCGUGGAGAGCUGCUACUGAAAGGCUCAGACACUAGGGAGAAAGUGGCACUAAUAGAGGACAGCCUUAUGGUACUGGGCUCACUCAUGAGCAACAGAUACAAUGCUCCUUUCAAGUCCACUAUUCAGCAGUGGGUACAGAAGCUGUCAAAUAGCUCAGAGGUGAUCGAAAAAUGGCUUCAUGUACAGAAUCUGUGGCUCUAUCUGGAGGCUGUGUUUGUUGGAGGGGAUAUUGCCAAGCAACUUCCACAGGAAGCUAAACGGUUCCAGAACAUUGAUAAAUCAUGGCAAAGGAUCAUGCAGAGGGCGCACGAGGUGGUAGGGGUAGUGCAAUGCUGCGUGGGGGAUGAGGCUUUGUCUCAACUACUCCCUCACCUGCUGGAACAGCUUGAGGUGUGCCAGAAAUCCCUCAGUGGAUACUUGGAAAAGAAACGCCUUAUCUUUCCACGCUUCUUCUUUGUGUCUGAUCCUGUCCUCCUGGAGAUCCUUGGACAGGCUUCAGACCCACAAACAAUACAAAGUCAUUUGCUGAACCUUUUUGAUAAUGUAAACAGAGUUGUGUUCCAUGAGAAGAACUAUGACCAAAUACUGAGCUUUCAGUCACAGGAAGGAGAGUUGGUAAAUCUGAGAGAUCCUGUUAACGUCCAAGGAAAUGUGGAAACCUGGUUGGGGCUGUUAUUGGAUGAGGUUAGGAAGACUAUACACAGCAUUAUCAGAAGGGCUUACAUGGCUGUAAGUGACCCAGGGCUGAAACUCAUUGAGUUUCAGUCAGUGUUCCCUGCUCAGGUAGGCCUGCUGGGCAUACAGCUAAUCUGGACUAGAGAUGCAGAGAAGGCCCUCAGCCUCAGCAAGACUGACAAGAAGAUCAUGCAGGUGACAAAUCAGAGUUUUCUGGAUAUUUUGAAUGAGCUAAUUGAUAUGACUACUCAUGAUUUGACAAAGAUGGAGAGAAUCAAAUAUGAAACCCUGAUAACGAUCCAUGUGCAUCAGAAGGAUAUAUUUGAUGAGCUGGUAAAAAUGAACAUCCGAUCUAAAGCAGACUUUGAGUGGCAGAAGCAGUCUCGUUUCUACUUUAUAGAUGACACGGACCGAUGCCUGAUAAACAUCACUGAUGUGGAGUUUGAUUAUUGCAAUGAGUACCUAGGUUGUAGUGACAGACUAGUCAUAACCCCUCUUACUGACAGAUGUUACAUAACCCUGGCCCAGGCACUAGGUAUGGGUAUGGGUGGGGCACCAGCAGGCCCAGCAGGAACAGGAAAGACUGAGACUACUAAAGAUAUGGGCCGUUGCCUGGGCAAAUAUGUUGUGGUCUUCAACUGCUCAGAUCAGAUGGACUACCGAGGACUGGGGCGCAUUUACAAAGGACUGGCCCAGUCUGGUGCAUGGGGCUGCUUUGAUGAGUUUAACCGCAUUGAGUUGCCUGUGCUAUCAGUGGCAGCACAGCAAAUCUACAUUGUGCUCCAAUGUAAGAAGAACAAAAAACCUCAAUUUGUUUUUACCGAUGGAGAUGUAGUGGACAUGGACAAAGAGUUUGGCAUCUUCUUGACUAUGAAUCCAGGAUAUGCAGGAAGACAGGAGCUGCCUGAGAAUCUGAAGAUUCAGUUUCGUAUAGUGGCCAUGAUGGUGCCAGACCGUGCUAUAAUUAUGAGAGUCAAACUUGCGAGUUCUGGCUUCAGAGAGAACCAGAUGCUCAGCCGCAAGUUUUAUACACUUUACAAAUUGUGUGAGGAGCAGCUCUCCAAACAAGUUCACUAUGACUUUGGCUUGCGAAAUAUCCUGUCUGUUUUGAGGACGCUGGGAGCAGUGAAGCGAUCUAACCCAUCUGAGUCAGAGAAGACUGUGGUUAUGAGGGUGCUACGUGACAUGAACCUCUCCAAACUUGUAGAUGAGGAUGAGCCCCUGUUCCUGAGUCUGAUUAAUGAUUUGUUCCCGGGGAUCAGUCUGGAUAAAGCUGGUUACCCUGAGCUGGAGACAGCUAUUAGCAACCAGGCUGAGCAGGCAGGCCUCAUUGCCCACCAACCAUGGAUGCUCAAACUGAUACAGCUCUAUGAGACUCAACGAGUAAGACACGGUAUAAUGACACUAGGUCCCAGUGGAACAGGGAAAACAACCUGCAUUCAUACUCUGUUGAAGGCUAUGACAAACUGUGGCACUCCACACAAAGAAAUGAGAAUGAACCCUAAGGCCAUUACGGCUUCCCAAAUGUUUGGUACUCUUGAUGUGGCCACAAAUGACUGGACAGAUGGAGUGUUCUCCACACUGUGGAGGAAGACUCUGAAAGCGAAGAAGGGGGAAUGUGUAUGGAUUGUUCUAGAUGGACCAGUAGAUGCUGUCUGGAUUGAAAACCUCAAUUCAGUUUUAGAUGACAAUAAAACUCUUACACUGGCUAAUGGAGACCGCAUCCCAAUGUCUCCUAACUGUAAAGUGGUUUUUGAGCCUCACAACAUAGAUAACGCUUCUCCAGCCACUGUUUCUCGUAAUGGCAUGGUCUUCAUGAGUUCAUCUGUGCUGGACUGGAAGCCCAUUCUACUUGCUUGGCUAAAGAAAAUUCCAACAUCACAGGCAGAAGUGCUUCUAAACUGCUUUAACUGCAUCUAUCAGGACUUGAUGAACUUUGUUUUUACUGCAGUUUACCCCAAGAUGCAGAUCCUGGAGUGCAUGUACAUCAAACAGACUAUUGACCUUUUACAGGGUCUGUUUGUAGAAGAGAAGAACUUGACGGUGACUCAUAUUAGCCGUCUGUUUGUGUUUGCUGUGAUGUGGUCUGUGGGUGCAUUGCUGGAAUUGGAGGAUCGAUCCAAGAUGGAGGUGUUUCUCAGAAAUCAUCCAGUCUCACUGGACCUGCCUAGCACACAGGGUGAUCAAACGAUUUUUGAAUAUGUGGUCAGCGAAACUGGCAAUUGGGAGCUGUGGUCAAAGAAGGUGCUAGAGUAUCACUAUCCAAAGGACACAGUCCCUGACUAUGCUUCUAUAUUGGUGCCAAAUGUGGACAAUACGCGGACUGUCUUCCUUUUGCAAACAAUCAUGAAACAGGGCAAAGCAGUUUUGCUGAUCGGUGAACAGGGCACUGGCAAGACUGUUAUGAUUAAGGGCUAUACCAGCAACUAUAACCCUGAAAUGCACCUGAGUAAGAGCAUGAACUUCUCCUCAGCCACUCUCCCUAGCAUGUUUCAGCAAACCAUUGAGAGCUACAUAGAUAAGCGAAUGGGCACAACAUAUGGACCACCUGCAGGAAAAAAAAUGACAGUUUUCAUUGAUGAUAUAAACAUGCCAGUAAUCAAUGAGUGGGGAGACCAGAUCACUAAUGAAAUAGUCCGUCAAUUGAUGGAGCAGGGAGGCUUUUACAGUCUGGAGCGACGUGGGACGUUCAUCAGUGUAGUGGAUCUGCAGCUAAUAGCAGCUAUGAUCCACCCUGGAGGGGGGCGCAAUGACAUCCCACAGCGUCUUAAGCGCCAAUUCUGUGUGUUCAACUGUACUCUUCCAUCCAACUCCUCUAUAGAUAAGAUCUUCCACACACUGGCAUCUGGAUAUUUCUGCCCAGAAAGGGGUUUUACAGAGAGAGUAUGCUUCCUUGCUACAGCACUUGUCCCCACUAUAAGAAAAGUGUGGCAAACUGUUAAAACCAAGAUAUUGCCAUCUCCUGCAAAGUUCCACUAUAUCUUUAAUUUACGGGACCUGAGUAGAAUAUGGCAAGGUAUACUGACUAUAAGAGCAGAAGUGUGCAAAGAACAAGAGCUCUUACUCUCUCUCUUCCGCCAUGAGUGCACACGAGUUAUAGCAGACCGCUUCAUUGAUCAGAAUGAUAGGGAGAUCUUUGACAGCAUUUUGGAAAGGAUUGUGGUAGAAGACCAUGGACCAGGUUCAUUGGAGCAAAGACUGUGGGAAGAAUAUUUUGUGGAUUUCCUUAGAGAUGCUCCUGAGAUGAUGGGAGAUGAACCUGAAGACACUGAGGCUUUGAUUCCAAAGAUGUAUGAACCUGUUCCCUCCUUCUCAGCCCUGUCAGAGCGCCUUGCUCUGUUUUUGCAACAGUACAAUGAGUCUAUGAGAGGUGCUCCAAUGGACCUAGUCUUCUUUAAGGAUGCAAUGAUUCACCUAGUGAAGAUAUCACGCAUAAUUCGCACUCCUCAAGGCAAUGCUCUGUUAGUAGGUGUGGGAGGAUCAGGAAAGCAGAGUCUCACACGAUUGGCCUCCUUUAUCGCUGGUUAUCAGAGCUUCCAGAUCACCCUCACACGAACCUACAAUGUGAGUAAUCUCAUGGAGGACCUGAAGACCUUGUACAGAAUUGCCGGAGUGGAAGGCAAGGGUGUUACCUUUAUCUUUACUGACAGUGACAUUAAGGAUGAGUCCUUUCUUGAAUACAUGAAUAAUGUUGUGGCCUGUGGUGAGGUCUCCAAUCUGUUUGCUCGAGAUGAAGUUGAUGAAAUCACUCAGUAUCUGAUCCCCUUCAUGAAGAAUCACCAUCCUCGCAGUCCUCUGACCACUGACAACUUGUACAACUACUUUCUAUAUAGAGUACGCAAUAACCUCCAUAUCAUUCUUUGUUUCUCUCCUGUUGGGGAGAAACUUCGUUCUCGUGCUAUGCGGUUCCCCGGUCUGAUCUCUGGAUGCACUGUGGACUGGUUCCAAAGAUGGCCAAAAGAUGCUUUGGUAGCUGUGGCUCAGCAUUUCCUGGCCAGCUAUCCUUUUCAGUGUUCUGAGAACGUGAAAAAAAACGUGAUCAGCACAAUGGGAACAUUUCAGGAUUUGGUGGCACAGAUCUGUAUUGAGUAUUUUCAACGCUACAGACGGCAGACCUACGUAACACCCAAAUCAUACUUGUCUUUUAUUAAAGGAUACCAGAGCAUUUACCAUGGGAAGAUUUCAAAUGUGGGAAUGCUGGCAAAACGGAUGAACACAGGUCUUGAUAGGUUAAUGGAAGCAGAGCAAGCUAUUUGCCAACUUUCCAAUGUCUUGGCUGUGAAAGAACAGGAGCUAGAAGUGGCAUCUCAUAAAGCAGAUGUAGUCCUACAAGAGGUGACUGUCAAAGCACAAGCAGCUGAGAAGGUUAAGACCCAGGUACAGAAAGUAAAGGACAAGGCCCAAGCUAUUGUGGAUGAAAUAGCUGGGGAUAAAAAAGUAGCUGAGGCAAAACUGGAAGCUGCAAAACCUGCCUUAGAUGCUGCAGAGGCUGCACUACAAACAAUAAAGCCGGCAGACAUUGCAACAGUGCGUAAAUUGGGGAAGCCUCCACAUCUGAUCAUGCGAAUCAUGGACUGCGUGCUGCUGCUGUUUCAGCGCCGGAUUGAUACUGUCACCAUGGACACUGAGAGGCCCUGUCUCAGACCAUCUUGGACUGAAGCCCUCAAACUCAUGAACAACUCAGCCUUUCUCAGCAUGCUUCUCAAUUUUAAUAAGGACACAAUUACAGAGGAGGUUGUUGAGCUUCUUGUGCCUUAUCUGAGUAUGGAUGAUUAUAAUCUGGAGGCAGCUAAGCGGAUCUGUGGCAAUGUGGCUGGACUUUGCUCCUGGACUGAGGCUAUGGUUGACUUCUUUAGCAUUAAUAGAGAAGUCUUGCCUUUGAAGGCUAACUUAAAGUUACAGGAGGCCCGACUUGCUGUGGCUCAGAAUGAACUGUUCAGCGCGCAAGAACAGUUAGAUGAAAAACAGAAAGAACUGGACGAAGCACAGGCACUUUAUGAUGGUGCAGUGAGAGAGAAGCAAUCGUUGUUGGAUGAUGCUGAAGGGUGCCGCAGGAAAAUGUCCAGUGCAGUGGCACUCAUUGAUGGACUUGGUGGUGAAAAGAUCCGCUGGACAGAGAGCAGUACUGAGUUCCAGCGGCAAAUAAAGCAUCUUAUGGGAGAUGUGCUACUAGCUACUGGGUUCCUGUCCUAUUCUGGUCCUUUCAACCAGGAAUACCGCAAUCAUCUUCUAGAGCAAUGGAAGAAAGAAAUGAAUAUCAACUAUAUUCCAUAUACUCAGAACCUGAAUGUCAGCAGUAUGCUGGUAGAUAAUGUCACUAUAGAUGAGUGGAACCUUCAGGGCCUGCCCAAUGAUGAAUUGUCUGUUCAAAAUGGAAUCAUUGUUACUGGCGCCUCCCGAUAUCCACUUCUCAUUGACCCUCAAGGCCAGGGAAAGACCUGGAUCAAGAACCGUGAAAGUAAUAAUGAGUUACAGGUGACAUCUCUAGACCACAAAUAUUUCCGAACUCACCUUGAAUAUACUUUGUCUCUUGGCAAACCCCUACUUAUUGAAGAUGUUGGAGAAGAACUGGAUCCUGUUCUCGACAACAUUUUAGAGAAGAACUUCAGUAAAUCUGGCUCAACAUAUAAAGUUAAAAUAGGAGAUAAAGAGGUAGAUGUAAUGAAAGGAUUUACCCUUUACAUUACCACAAAACUGGCCAACCCAACCUAUAGUCCUGAAAUCAAUGCGAAAACUGCAGUUGUGGACUUUACUGUCACAAUGAGGGGUCUAGAGGACCAGCUGCUGGGUCGUGUUAUCCUCAUAGAGAAACAAGAAAUGGAAUCAGAACGAGUAAAAAUGGUGGUAGAGGUCACAUCCAACAAGCGGAAGAUGCAGGAGUUGGAGGAUAACCUACUAUAUAGACUGACCAGCACACAAGGUUCCCUUGUGGAGGAUAAGUCUCUGAUAGAGGUUCUUAGAGUUACCAAAAGUACUGCAGAGGAGGUGAGGGAGAAGCUAUCAGUGGCAGCAGAAACUGAAAUAAAGAUCAAUCUUGCCCGUGAGGAGUAUCGUCCAAUAGCUACAAGAGGCAGCAUCCUCUAUUUUCUCAUUGUAGAAAUGAGCCUGGUCAAUUUCAUGUACCAGACAUCACUGAGACAGUUCCUUGAAAUCUUUGACAAUUCCUUGGACAAGUCACCAAAGUCUCAAAUUACCUCCAGAAGACUUGCUAACAUCAUGGAUUUCUUGACCUAUGAGGUGUUCCGCUUUACAGUUCGAGGCCUAUAUGAAGAUCACAAAUUCCUUUUCACCCUUCUUCUGGCACUGAAGAUAGACCUUCAAGCCCAAAAUAUUUCUCACAGCGAGUUCCAUGCUUUCAUUAAAGGUGGAGCAUCGCUUGACUUGAACUCAGUGGAGCCUAAGCCAAGGCGUUGGAUCUUAGAUAUGACGUGGCUAAACCUGGUACACCUGUCUAGUCUGCAUCCCUUUACUAGACUCCUAGAACAGGUGGCAUGCAAUGAGCGGGCUUGGAGAUGCUGGUUUGAGGAAGCAGCUCCAGAGGAUGCAACACUUCCUGAUGGAUAUGACAGUCUGUUGGAUGCCUUUCACAAGCUAUUGCUGAUUCGAAGCUGGUGCCCUGACCGUACUAUAGCACAGGCACGGAGGUAUAUCACAGAAUCAAUAGGACACAGAUACGCAGAGGGUGUCAUACUGGACAUGGAUGCUAUGUGUACAGAGACUGACAAGAGGACACCAAUUGUCUGCCUUCUGUCUAUGGGUUCAGACCCCACUGAGAAUAUAGAGAGGUUGGCAAAAACAAAGAGUGUUCUCUGUCAGGCUAUUUCCAUGGGACAAGGACAGGAAGUUCAUGCACAAAGGCUGCUGACCCAAUGCAUGUCAGAAGGAGGCUGGUUACUGCUGCAGAAUUGCCAUCUUGGUCUGGACUUUCUGGAUGAACUUCUAGAGUCCCUCACUACUGCAGAGACUGUCCACGACAAUUUCAAAGUCUGGGUGACUACAGAAAUACACACAAAAUUUCCCAUCAAUUUCCUUCAGUCAUCAAUCAAAUUCACUAAUGAGCCUCCUCAAGGUGUGAAAGCUGGUUUGAGGAGGACCUACAGCAGCAUGACUCAGGAACAGUUAGAGAUAACCAACAUGCCACAGUGGAAACCUUUGCUCUAUGCUGUUGCGUUUCUGCACACCACUGUGCAGGAGAGGCGUAAAUUUGGUCCACUGGGCUGGAAUAUUCCCUAUGAGUUCAACCAGGCAGAUUUCACCUCCAGUGUGCAGUUUGUGCAGAACCACUUGGAUGUGGUGGAUGCAAAGCAUGGUGUGAAUUGGAACUGUAUGCGCUACAUGCUUGGAGAAGUUCAGUAUGGAGGACGGGUCACUGAUGAUAUGGACAAACAUCUUCUUAACACCUUCACUCGUAUCUGGUUCAGUGAGAGCAUCUUUGGGGACAAGUUUUGCUUCUAUAAAGGUUAUACUAUACCAAAGGCUAAGAUGUUGCUGGAAUACCAUGCCCAUAUUGAUACUCUGCCCCUGGUUGACACACCUGAGGUUUUUGGCCUCCAUCCAAAUGCCGAAAUCACCUGCCAAACAAACAUGGCUAAUGAGAUUCUGAACACCAUUAUCAGCAUUCAGCCUAAAGACAGCAGCAGUGGGGGAGAUGAGACACGGGAAGCCACAGUUCUGCGGCUAGCCAGUGAAAUGUUAGAGAAGCUUCCUGCUGACUAUGUUCCUUAUGAGGUGAAGAGACAUUUGCAGAAAAUGGGGCUUUUACAACCAAUGACCAUAUUUUUGCGUCAGGAGAUUCACAGAAUGCAGCACAUCAUAGGCUGUGUGCGUAGCACUCUCACUGAACUUACAUAUGCUAUUGAUGGCACUAUAAUCAUGUCUGAAGACCUUCAAGAUGCUCUAGAUUGCAUGUAUGAUGCCCGUGUUCCAAAGUUGUGGCAGAGAAUUUCAUGGGAAUCGGCCACUCUUGGUUUCUGGUUUAGUGAGCUUCUUGAAAGGAACCAGCAAUUCCAUAGCUGGACUUUUGGAAGCCGACCCCAUCAGUUUUGGCUGACAGGAUUUUUCAAUCCCCAGGGUUUCUUAACAGCUAUGCGUCAAGAGACAACCCGUAUGAACCUGUCUAAAGGAUGGGCCCUGGACACUGUUGUGCUACUCAAUAAUGUAACAAGAAUGAUGAGGGAGGAUGUGACAGGACCACCUCCAGGAGAUGUAGGAGGGGUCUACAUCUAUGGACUUUUUCUAGAUGGUGCAGGGUGGGACAAACGGAACAGCAAGCUAACAGAAUCUUCUCCUAAGGUUCUCUUUACUCCUAUGCCAGUGGUGCAUGUCUAUGCAGUCAGCAGUGUCAAUAUGUCAGAUAUCAAGCAACCUCAGGGAAACAACCUAUACAACUGUCCAGUAUACAGGAAGCCCAGACGUACGGACCUUAACUUCAUAUUCAACGUGUUUCUUCGGACCAUACAGAACCCAGACCACUGGACAUUAAGGGGUGUGGCCUUACUUUGUGACUGCAAAUAAUUUGAUGUUUUCUAUUCUUUUAUUUUCUUUUUUAACAUUGGAGCAGCAAGACCUGAAUGUUUUCUGCAUCUUAUUAGUAUAGAUUAAUUAGUUUAUAAUGCUAAUUUAUAUUAAUCAUUUAUUAGAUAUUCUGUGGUGAUGGGAUAUAUUUGUAAAAUGACCCAAAUAUGAUGCAAAUAUCAUAAUUGACUGUAUUAUUUACUUAAUGCACAGCUAUUACUUUCUAAGUAAUAAAAGUAAAAGAUACAUUUGCAGAAAAGCUUUAACAUACAUUAAAACUU